GUAUUUCCUGUAGAUUUUAUUAUCUAUGGUCACUCCUUUCAAAUUCAACUUCAAGUUUGUUUGUCAACAAAAUAUGACAUAUUAGAAUAUUUGCUGUUUAAAGGUUACUAAAAAUCUAUUGAUAUUUCUUUGCAUUAUACACCUUUAAAUAUUAAGAAAACAACAGUAAAAUGGUUUGCGAAAAGUGUGAAAAGAAACUCGGACGAGUUAUAACGCCGGAUCCUUGGAAGGCGGGAGCAAGGAACACAGUUGAAUCAGGUGGUAGGAAAGUCGGGGAAAAUAAGGCGUUAACAGCUAAGAAAGGACGAUAUAACCCGUAUACAUCAAAGUUUUAUGAAUGCAAGAUAUGUCGCACCAAAGUCCAUCAAGUUGGUUCACACUAUUGUCAAGCCUGUGCAUAUAAGAAAGGUAUCUGUUCAAUGUGUGGGAAGAAAAUAUUAGACACAACAAAUUAUAGACAGAGUUCGACUUAGUUUUAAGAUUUUCAAAUGGUUUAGACUCAAUUUUUAUAUUAAAGUAAGUAUCUAGAACUAAGCCCGGUAAACACAGUAUAGUGAAUAAAAUGCAUUUAAAGAUUGAUAAUACUGUUAUACAUCUUCAUUGUCUAUGAGUUAUUCUAUAUUGAUAAAUGUAAAGAUAAAUAAUUAAAAAAACUGAAAAUAUAAUAAAAGUAACAAAUCUGUGGGAUUUAUUUUUAAUAUUUCAAAGUCUGAGUGUAGUUAAGAGUAACUUCUCAAUUAAUGUGAAAAUAUUAAUCAAAGAAAAGAUUUACAAAGAUAAUAAAAUUAGUCCUACUUAGUAGAGUGGACUGUGUUUACGAGCACUUA